AUGGGCGACCUGACUCCCUCCCUGACGCGAAGGGCGCCAGUGGGGCUCGUGAAGUGGGAGGUGAGAGAUGGCCGCCUCCACUUUAUCCGGUCCGAGCAGAAAAGGCUGGAGCUGCCAGCAGUGGACCUCAUGGUCAACACCAUCGGUUAUGCCACCGACCUUGAACGCAUUGUGUGA